AGUCCUUUAAAAUAAAAUUCAAAAAUUACUGGGGGCAGGAGGGGAAUAAGUUUUCAGUUAAAUCAAAGCAAAUUAGUAUUACAAGUAUCCAUUGAAAAAAGAAUAUGGUGCUCUAGCUAUAAUGAAAAUACAUUUUUCAUGUCAAUAAUAAAAAUACGUACGUAAACUUCAGAGCUCCAUUUGCAUUAUGUAUCGAAUAGCGGAUCACGUUCUGUAUCAUUGAAACUUGGUCACAGUGACAGUGGUCACAGUGACCCAUGCACGCAUACACAUUUGACAUUUGACAGCUCUAGCUCGAUAGUAUUCAACAUGGCCGUUCGUGCAGAGGUGAGUUGCCCAUGUAUCCCUAUUUAUUUGAGCAAUUAUCUAUCAUCGGAGCAUGUGCGUAAGAUAAAAGUAUGGUUAAAAUUUGAAUUGUCACAAUAUGAAAUUACGAACUAUGAUAAGUUAUGAAUUAAAUGCGGUCGAUAACGUUGAGCUACGUCCAUGGAUAUUUGACAGUGUCAUGUAUAUCUGUAUGCGUAGAUUUCGGAGAGCAGAGAAUAUUUGAUAAAAGCUUUAGGGUCCGUAUUACGUAAUUACUAAUUAACAGAAGAUAUUAUAUCAUCACCGUGUAAUAAAUAAAUAUUAGAUACUCGUAUAAAAAAAUCUUAAGUUCCGACAGUUUGUGAUAAAAAAGUAAGGUUAAGUUGAAUAGUUUCUUACAGUAAUCAUAUUGUAUGUUUAGUGAGGAGGUAAGAUCAUCUGUCCUGAAAAAACCGUCGAAACGAUCAUUAUUUCAUGUCUUUAUUGCAUGUUCUAGAAGUUAAUGUAACAUAACACAAUUGGGGUCUGAGGAAAGUGUUAUUUAAGAAAUAACUAAAAAAGGAAAAUUAUGUUCGAGUCUCCGAGAAGUCUACAGGAGGUUUGUGUAGACUUUAUUUGCGACAAUGUAUUGGUAUUGUGCGAAGUUCAUUCCGGCGAGUGUGGGUUUCCUGUUAGUACUGUGCCACCCACUGUUCCUGAUGAAGAGACAAGUAUAGAUGACAGUAUAUCAGUUUCGACUGUGUCAUCAAGUAAUAGUGGAGCAUCUCUUAGUUUAUCUACAAGUUCAACGACAACACUCAGUUUCAAAGAUGCCGAUGCAUUUUUACCUGCUGAAAUCUCGGAACAACUUUUAUCGAGUCUAUGCGAAAGAAAAGCAUUAUCAGAUUUGACUAUUACAUUAUUUGAUUCAAAGACAACCAGAUUAAGGCAUGUACGACUUAAAGAUGCUUCGAGUCUUUCAAUAAAGGGUUUGAAGGUUUUACGCCAACAUAAAGUUGUAGAUUUGGAAAUAAAUGGACUCAAGGUAACAGUUAAUGAUCUGAUUGGCUGCUUAGGGGACUGGAGCUUACAAAAUCUUAGAUCGUUGAGUGUGGCAAAGGGUAGUUUUAUGGAUUGUUCCAGGUAUUGCGUUGUUAUGGCAUUGAGCAAACUACGAGCAUUGCAGACCCUAAAUGUUUCUGGAACAGAAUUCAAUAAGCACGGUCUUGAGAUUGUUGUGGACGAUCUACCCCUUUUAGAAAAUUUAGAUAUUUCUUGCACUAGAGUCAAUGAUAUAACACCAUUGAGAAAAUGUAAAGAUCGACUGAAGACUCUGACAAUGUAUAAUUUAAAACUCAGUGGCUGUGGCCAUGUGAUACCGGUAUUAUUGGAACUGAACGAAUUGAGAAACCUGGAUAUAUCAGAUGAGAGAGAUUCCUUCCCAUUCGAAAUGUUUGUUCCAGCUAGAUCUAAAAUAACAGAUCUAUUAAAAGCUAAACACUGCAUGCCGUAUCUAGCUAGUCUAGAUAUCUCAGGUAAAAGAAAAGAUCAAAUAGAUGCGAAAGAUUUAAGGGCAUUUGUUAAAGCUCAUCCUCAUCUACGAUUCUUGGGCCUUGUUCAUUCAGAUGCAUGUUAUGAAGACAGUCUUGUGAACCCAUUCAAUGAGUACUACAGACCUAAUCUUGUGGUGAGUGGUACCGCGUCAGAACCACAGAUCUUGGAAUCCCUGAAACGGUAUUGGUGCCGCCCUAUUUAUGUUCAAAAAUGUCUGUAUAAUUUGUUUCGUCUGACGCCCAACUUUGGUGAGCCAAGAGUUGAUGUCAUAAAGCUAGUUUUGCCAGGCAUGAAGGCUCAUCCACAACAGUUUGGCGUACAGAUGGCAGCAACAGCUUGUCUCUACAACCUUACAAAAGGAGAAUUGGCAACAAAAAUCCAUCCAUCGAUAUUAAAACAAAUUGUUGACUUGACCCUCACUGCCAUGGAGUCAUUUCCUAACCAUUACCAAUUGCAGAAAAAUACUUUACUGACACUAUGCAGUGAUAGAAUAUUGCAAGAGGUUACUUUUGAUAAGUAUAGGUGUGCGAGGCUUGUGAUGAACUGUCUAUCGGCAUUUGAUGAUGCUUCAAUGAACCGAAUGUCAGUGGCAAUUUGCUCAAUCCUGGCAGCUAAGAUCUCAACAGAUGAAACGUCUAUGCUGGGAGCGCAACCCCAGUAUAUGGCCAAACUGCUAGCGAUGGUCCGGUCCAAGGUGCCAACUAAAUCUGUAGAUAUUACAAUGAAAUUUACAUUGAGCGCACUUUGGAAUCUGACGGACGAAAGUGCCACAACUUGCGCUGUAUUUCUCGAAGAAGGUGGUAUGGCUCUGUUUCUUGAAGUACUAGAAAGUUUUCAAGGCGAGUCAAGUGUCGAAACCAAGGUUCUGGGUUUACUGAAUAAUAUUGCAGAGGUACCCCACCUUAGACAGUGGCUGAUGCAACCUCGUUUCAUAACGAUGCUGUCUUCACUUCUGGAUUCUGAGCACAUUGAUGUAUCAUAUUUCGCGGCAGGGAUUGCUGCACAUCUAUUAAGCGAUGGACCUUGUGUGUGGGCAGUGAUACCUGCGCUACCACCCAGAUCUGAGUUGUUGGAUCAACUAGCCCAAGCUGUCGCUAACUGGCAAACACCGGGAGGUGAAAUGGUUGCUUACCGAAGUUUCCAACCAUUUUUUCCACUAUUGCGUUGUGCAGAUGCACAUCCUGUGCAACUAUGGGCUGUCUGGGCAAUACACCAUGUAUGCACUAAAAAUCCUAAGCGUUACUGUGCGAUGCUAUCACGGGAAGGAGGUGGUGCGAUCCUAGCAUCUUUGGCCAAGGAAGACGGAGAGGGAUGUACUCAGCAUACAGUGCGUACUUUGUGCCUCUCUGUGCUCGAAGCACUCGCCACACACUGUUGACCUGAAGUACACUUUAUAAUUUGACUAUCAAAUACCAUCUAUUUGGUAUACUAGUCAAUUUCAUUACUCUGUGGAAGCGAAUUUCGAUUCAAUGAUAUACUUAAAAAUGUCAGCGCAAUUCAUCUUUAAAAGAAACAUUGAAUUUAAAAAUUCUAUAUACAUUAGGGCGAAGUAAAAAUGCUUGAGUUAUCAUGAUUAAUAGCCUUAGUCUGGACUAGUUGUGACUCGAUAAUUGUAAAAAAAAGUGCUUAAAUUUGAGUCCAUCUCAAUCCUUUGACCUACUCCAAAGUCGGUUACACCUAUCACUGAUCAUUGACGACAAAUUCGUUCAUAUCUAUACUCCUCAAUACUGAAUGGGUUCCUACCUGGAUCUUAGAACAGUCGACUAAUUUUUUCUACAAUCUGUGGAUUCUGUAGUGCAUAUAAACGUUCAACAUUUUUGCAGGAGUGAAUCAAAAUAACUCAUCAACGCUCCAUUUUCAGUGAUGUCAAGUCACAACUUCUCCGUACUACAGCCACCUAAUCUUUGUAAUUCUAAUAUUUUUGCUUUGUACCAUAUUAUAUACGUAGUUAUUACUGUUGACGGAGGAAAAAGGCUGUGAAGGAUGACGCGUGGUCUGCGCUGCGAAGGCAGCCAUUUCCAGGGAGGUGAAAAAAAUUUAUUUAACUCGAGCACGUAGUGUUAAAAAAUUUGGCAGCACAAAUGAUUUUAAAAAUCAAUGCUUAAUAUUUGUAAUUCAUCACAGAAACCACUUGACUGUGCUAAUUUGUUGAUAUAUUUUAGCGUAGGGACUGAAUACUUGCAGCUGAAAGAACAAAGCCAGACCUUGUUUGGCUUCCCCUAUUAUAAAUAUUGGAAGAUUCAUAAUCUGAUAUGAACAAGGAGUUUUAACCUGCAUAAAAUGGGUCGAGAUAUUUUAUUGAAUUUUAUUAUUCAAUUUUCAUAUUAUUUAAAUCCACUGAAAAAUUUUUAAUAUUGUUUACAGUGUACUAGAUAUUUGUUACAUAAAAUCCAUCGUUAUCAACUUUCAAGAAAUAUCAAAGGGGUAAACAUAAAGCAAUAUCUCAAGUUUUUAGCUUGCUUUGUACACAUCCUGAUCCAAAAUGCUACAAUAUUUGAUUAUAUCAUUGUAUGUAGAGUUCAGUAUCACUGCCUUAGAUUAUAUUCUGUCAGGACGCGUUUAAUUUAAGCAUGCACGGUAUGAGACAUGUGUUUACUACACAUGCUCGAAGUUCCAAUAACAAUUGGAACAGGCAUCCAGCAAAUGCUAUUGGAUUUCAGAUAGCGGUACCAAAGUGCAGAUCUGGUGAAGUUUUUAUUUUUUCUUCACAUCGUUUUUGAGCUACCCUAUGUCAAUCGCUUGGAAGUUUGCUCAUUUAUUCAGCCUAUAGUAGAUGAUGAAAACUAAUAUUUUUCAAUUGGAAUAGUACGCAGCCAUGAAAAUAUCCAGGACUAGCGGAUCGCUAUUAUAAGUUUUACUGUGUUUACCACUAUUAACUAGAGUUUGAUCCUUGUUCGUAGCUGUGGUGUGCUUAUGCAGAUAAUGCCAGAAUAUAUUGAACUCUGUGAAUAACGGUUGCAUCCACGACACCAAAAGCUUGGAUUCGAUUUCUCCUUAUUCGUCAGGAUCACGUUAAUAGAUGUCUAAAUAUUUAUACAUAGAGUAAAUGAGGAUCCAUUGUCUCUGUAGUGUAGAAACAGAGAAAUUUGAUAAUUACCGAGUACGUGUAUCCUUAUUGAAGUAGAAUGAUUGUUAAAAAUGGCAUUAGCAAUGUUAAAAAUAAAAAAAAAAAAAUGA